AUGGCCCCAAACAGAGCGCUCUGCGUCCUGUUCACCUCACAGGUGAUUAUCCAGGGUUUCCGAAGUUACCGAGAUCAAACCAUUGUAGAUCCCUUCAGCUCAAAACAUAAUGUUAUUGUGGGCAGAAAUGGAUCUGGAAAAAGUAACUUUUUUUAUGCGAUUCAGUUUGUUCUCAGUGAUGAGUUUAGUCAUCUUCGUCCAGAACAGCGGUUGGCUUUGUUGCACGAGGGUACUGGUCCUCGUGUUAUUUCUGCAUUUGUGGAGAUUAUUUUUGACAAUUCGGACAACCGAUUACCAAUUGAUAAAGAGGAAGUCUCACUUAGAAGAGUAAUUGGUGCCAAAAAGGAUCAGUAUUUCUUAGAUAAGAAAAUGGUCACGAAAAAUGAUGUGAUGAAUCUCCUUGAAAGUGCUGGUUUUUCUAGAAGCAAUCCUUAUUAUAUUGUUAAACAAGGAAAGAUCAACCAGAUGGCAACAGCACCAGACUCUCAGAGACUAAAGCUAUUAAGAGAAGUUGCUGGUACUAGAGUAUAUGAUGAGCGAAAGGAAGAAAGCAUCUCCUUAAUGAAAGAAACAGAGGGCAAGCGGGAAAAAAUCAAUGAAUUAUUAAAAUACAUCGAGGAGCGUUUACAUACCUUAGAGGAAGAAAAAGAAGAGCUAGCUCAGUAUCAGAAGUGGGAUAAAAUGAGACGAGCCCUGGAAUAUACCAUUUACAAUCAGGAACUUAACGAGACUCGUGCUAAACUCGAUGAGCUUUCUGCUAAGCGAGAAACUAGUGGAGAAAAAUCCAGGCAAUUGAGAGAUGCCCAGCAGGAUGCCAGAGAUAAAAUGGAGGAUAUUGAACGCCAAGUUCGAGAACUGAAAACAAAAAUUUCAGCCAUGAAAGAAGAAAAGGAACAACUUAGUGCUGAGCGUCAAGAACAAAUUAAGCAGAGGACCAAGUUGGAACUGAAAGCCAAGGAUUUACAAGAUGAAUUGGCAGGCAAUAGUGAACAAAGGAAACGCUUACUAAAAGAGAGGCAGAAGUUACUUGAAAAAAUAGAAGAAAAGCAGAAAGAACUGGCCGAAACAGAACCUAAAUUCAACAGUGUAAAAGAAAAAGAAGAGCGAGGCAUUGCUAGACUGGCCCAAGCUACCCAGGAAAGAACAGAUCUGUAUGCAAAACAGGGUCGAGGAAGCCAGUUUACAUCGAAAGAAGAAAGGGAUAAGUGGAUUAAAAAAGAACUAAAAUCCUUAGAUCAGGCUAUAAAUGACAAGAAAAGACAGAUUGCUGCUAUACAUAAAGAUUUGGAAGACACAGAGGCAAAUAAAGAGAAAAAUCUGGAACAGUAUAAUAAACUGGAUCAGGAUCUUAAUGAAGUCAAAGCUCGAGUAGAAGAACUGGACAGAAAAUACUAUGAAGUGAAAAACAAGAAAGAUGAAUUACAAAGUGAAAGAAAUUACUUAUGGCGAGAAGAGAAUGCUGAGCAGCAAGCUCUUGCUGCUAAAAGAGAAGAUCUCGAAAAGAAGCAGCAACUUCUUAGAGCAGCCACAGGAAAGGCCAUCUUAAAUGGAAUAGACAGCAUAAACAAAGUGCUGGACCACUUUCGACGAAAAGGAAUAAACCAGCAUGUUCAAAAUGGCUACCAUGGCAUUGUGAUGAAUAACUUUGAGUGUGAGCCAGCCUUCUACACAUGUGUGGAAGUCACUGCUGGCAACAGGUUAUUUUAUCAUAUUGUUGAUUCAGAUGAAGUCAGUACAAAGAUUUUAAUGGAAUUUAAUAAAAUGAAUCUUCCUGGAGAAGUAACUUUUCUGCCUCUCAACAAGUUGGAUGUGAGGGAUACUGCCUACCCUGAAACCAAUGAUGCUAUUCCUAUGAUCAGUAAACUAAGGUAUAAUCCCAGGUUUGACAAAGCUUUCAAACAUGUGUUUGGAAAGACGCUUAUUUGUCGGAGCAUGGAAGUUUCAACCCAGCUGGCACGUGCCUUCACUAUGGACUGCAUUACUCUGGAAGGUGACCAAGUUAGUCAUCGGGGUGCACUGACUGGAGGUUAUUAUGACACAAGGAAGUCACGACUUGAGUUACAAAAAGAUGUGAGGAAAGCAGAAGAAGAGCUAGGUGAGCUUGAAGCAAAGCUCAAUGAAAACCUGCGCAGGAAUAUUGAGAAUAUCCUUUUGAAAUUUAAAGCAUCCCGAGAUAGUAUAUUAUCAGAAAUGAAGAUGCUAAAAGAGAAGAGGCAGCAGUCAGAGAAAACCUUUAUGCCUAAGCAACGAAGCUUGCAAAGUUUGGAGGCAAGUUUACAUGCCAUGGAAUCUACCAGAGAAUCAUUAAAAGCAGAAUUGGGAACAGACUUGCUCUCUCAGCUUAGCCUGGAAGAUCAAAAGAGAGUAGAUGCACUUAAUGAUGAAAUUCGGCAACUUCAGCAGGAAAACAGACAGUUGCUGAAUGAAAGGAUUAAAUUAGAAGGCAUAAUCACUCGUGUGGAGACAUAUCUCAAUGAGAAUCUGAGAAAACGCUUAGACCAAGUAGAGCAGGAACUUAACGAACUGAGAGAGACAGAAGGGGGCACUGUUCUCACUGCCACAACGUCAGAACUUGAAGCCAUCAAUAAAAGAGUCAAAGACACUAUGGCACGAUCAGAAGAUCUGGACAAUUCCAUUGAUAAAACAGAAGCUGGAAUUAAGGAACUUCAGAAGAGUAUGGAACGCUGGAAAAAUAUGGAAAAGGAACACAUGGAUGCUAUCAAUCAUGAUACUAAAGAACUGGAGAAGAUGACAAACCGGCAAGGCAUGCUGUUGAAGAAGAAAGAAGAAUGCAUGAAGAAAAUUCGAGAACUUGGAUCACUUCCCCAGGAAGCAUUUGAGAAAUACCAGACACUGAGCCUCAAACAGUUGUUUCGAAAGCUGGAGCAGUGCAACACCGAACUGAAGAAGUACAGUCACGUCAACAAGAAAGCUUUAGACCAGUUUGUAAACUUCUCUGAGCAGAAAGAAAAGUUAAUAAAGCGACAAGAAGAAUUGGAUAGGGGCUACAAAUCAAUCAUGGAACUGAUGAAUGUUCUUGAGCUUCGAAAGUAUGAAGCUAUUCAGUUAACUUUCAAACAGGUAUCUAAGAACUUCAGUGAAGUAUUCCAGAAGUUGGUGCCUGGUGGCAAAGCUACUCUGGUGAUGAAGAAAGGCGAUGUAGAAGGCAGCCAGUCUCAGGAUGAAGGCGAAGGGAGCGGUGAAAGUGAGCGGGGCUCUGGGUCACAGAGCAGUGUCCCCUCAGUUGACCAAUUCACUGGAGUUGGAAUUAGGGUGUCAUUUACAGGAAAACAAGGUGAAAUGAGAGAAAUGCAACAGCUUUCAGGUGGACAGAAAUCUCUGGUAGCUCUUGCUCUGAUUUUUGCAAUUCAGAAAUGUGACCCAGCUCCUUUCUACUUGUUUGAUGAAAUUGACCAGGCUCUGGACGCUCAGCACAGAAAGGCUGUGUCAGACAUGAUUAUGGAACUUGCGGUACAUGCUCAAUUUAUUACAACUACAUUUAGGCCUGAGCUGCUUGAGUCAGCUGACAAAUUCUACGGUGUGAAGUUCAGAAACAAGGUUAGUCACAUUGAUGUGAUCACAGCAGAGAUGGCCAAAGACUUUGUAGAAGAUGAUACCACUCAUGGUUAAUUGAAAACUGUUGCCUGAUGGUGUGGAAGAUGUGUAUAGUAAUGUGAUUCUGAAGCCCAAGAACUGUAAAUUUAAACUUAAAUAUUUGAUCAUUAUUAAUAGUUUUCAGACUUAGGACUUAAAUAUUCCUUUUAUAUUCCUGUCUCUGUAUUUUAUAAGAUGCUCUGUAAUGUUACAUUUCUACUUAUAGUUUAAGAAUUUUAUUUCCAACAGAUAUUUUUUGGAAAGUGUCUUGUUCCUAUUUUAAAUCUCUUGAAAUAUGCUAAAUAUUCUUCCCUAAUUAUUUCAUCGCUUGUACUGCCUCUUUUUUUUAUAGCUUCAAUUAAAUAAUUGGUUUCAUGACUAA